UCAUGGUUUCUUCCUUACUACUAUCCAACCCGUCUCCUCUACGAGUCUUAUGCUUCUUCUUCUCGCUCUUCUUGGUCUUGGUCGACACCACUUCAUUUCAUGGGGCAGGCGUUUGUGCUUCCUCCACUUCUUUUUCUACUAUCCACGCGACCGAGAGUAAGGAUGGAGCAGAGGCUCUCCUGAAUUGGAAAUCCACUCUCGACAACCAUAGCCAGUCUCUCCUCUCUUCAUGGCACGGCGAAAAUCCUUGCGGCUUUAUUGGUGUCACUUGCAACGACUUCGGAGUCAUCAUCCAUCUAAAUCUUUCCUCUCUUGGUUUGAGAGGAACUCUAGACAACCUUGACUUCUCGUGCUUAACCAAUUUGGUUAGCUUUGAACUUGGCAACAACUCGAUCUAUGGUUCCAUUCCCUCGAGUAUCGGUAACCUUUCCAAACUCAACUCUCUUGGUCUUUGCUUCAAUGAACUGUCUGGGAACAUUCCUCCAAGCAUAGGUAUGCUGGAGAGUCUUCAUUUUUUGCGUCUAUGUGUAAACAACCUGAGUGGACACAUCCCUCAAGAAAUAGGGAAGAUGAUAUCUUUGGAACGGUUAAUUUUGUCUGAAAAUGGCUUGGCCGGACCAAUCCCUACAUCUCUUGGAAAAUUGGGCAACUUAACCAGAUUACGCAUUUCAAAAAAUAUUCUUUUUGGUUCCAUUCCACAAGAAAUAUGCGACUUGAGGAGCUUGAAGUAUCUUAGCUUGCGGCGAAAUAGAUUGUCAGGACCCAUUCCCUCAGAAAUAGGGAAGCUCACUUCUCUUACAAUUUUACGAGUAUCUUUUAAUAAUUUGACCGGUCCAAUCCCUGCAUCAGUUGGAAGCUUGUCCAAUUUGACUGUAUUACAACUUGAUGACAACAAACUAUUUGGCUUCUUGCCUUUUGAAUUUAAUAAGUUAACACGUUUGACUAAUUUGGGUCUAUCUAAUAAUGAGCUCGAGGGGGAACUGCCGGAAGAUGUGUGCCGUGGGAGAUCACUGCAAUAUUUCGCUGCCUUCAAUAAUCAUUUCACGGGUCCCACCCCAGCAAGCUUAGAGAACUGUAGCACAUUGAUCAGAUUGAGGCUAGAAGGAAAUCAACUUACCGGAAACAUAACAGAAGCUUUUGGAGUAUAUCAACAUCUAUAUUUUAUUGACUUAAGCCACAAUCAUUUGAACGGCGAACUUUCGUGGAAAUGGGAGCAUUGUCGUAAUUUGACAAGCUUAAGGAUAUCAAACAACAACAUUUCUGGUGAGAUACCUGCAAUAUUUGGAAGGAUGGCUAAGCUACAAGAAGUGAACCUUUCUUCAAAUAAUUUAAGCGGAGAGAUUCCAAGCGAAUUGGGAAGCCUGUCAAUGCUGUUUAAACUUGAUUUAAGCAGCAACUCAAUUAUGGGAAAGGUACCGACUGAGAUUGGACUUUUAUCUCAUCUAGCACAUCUGAACUUGGCAUCAAACAAUUUGAGUGGAUCGAUACCACUACAGCUAGGCUCAUGCAAAAGCUUGUUGAGCUUGAACUUGAGCAGAAACAAAUUGUGGAGAAGCAUUCCUCCUGAGAUAGGCCACGCACAAUUCCUUGAGAUUGUUGACUUGAGUCAUAAUUUGUUGAUUGGAAACAUACCGGAAGUACUUGGACAGUUGAGAAUGCUGCAAGUUCUAAAUAUCUCCCAUAAUAGCCUUUCCGGUUCUAUUCCACAUACUUUUGGUGAUAUGUUAGCCUUAACUUCCGUAGAUUUAUCCUACAAUAACCUGGAAGGUCCUCUCCCAAAUGUAAAAGCUUUCAAUGAGGCUCCAUUUGAGGCAAUUCAGCAUAACAAAGGGCUCUGUGGAAAUAUUGAUGGCUUACCGAAAUGCAAUUCUAUCGGGAGCAAGAAACGCAAUCGAUACGUUGGAGCUAGAACCACAAUAAUCCUCAUUCUCUCGUUCUUGGGGUUUCUCCUUCUCUCUUGCACCUUGAUCAUUCUUGUAAUUGUCAAUCAUCAUCGAAGAGGGAUUAUCAAGAGAGACAAUGAUGAGCAGGCAAAUGAAUUGGAUUUUUUUCGAAUUUUGAGUUAUGAUGGCAAAGUUUUCUAUGACCGAAUCGUCAAGGCCACGGAAGGAUUUGACUCCAAGUACUAUGUGGGUGAAGGAGCAUAUGGAAUCGUUUAUAAAGCCGAGAUAUCAGAAGGUCAAACGAUUGCUGUGAAGCAAAUCUCUUCAUCCCAGGAAGAUAGUGAGAUUGUUGAUUUGAUACCAUUUGAAAGGGAAAUUCAAGCCUUAACAAACUUACGCCAUCGCAACAUCGUGAAAUUUUAUGGAUUCUGCUCUCAUGUCCAACGGUGUUUUUUGGUGUAUGAGUACAUGGAAAGAGGAAGCUUGAGAACAACUUUGAACGAGGAUGAAAGAGCAAAAGAAUUUCAGUGGGACAAGAGGGUAAAUGUGGUCCGAGGAGUUGCGGAUGCAUUGUCCUAUAUGCAUCACGAAUGUUCACCUCCAUUAAUUCAUCGAGACUUGACCAGUAAUAACAUUCUAUUGGAUCGCGAUUAUGACGCUCAUGUUUCUGAUUUUGGCACUGCAAGGCUAUUGAGGCCAGAUUCAUCAAAUUGGACUAAUAUUGCUGGCACCAUCGGGUAUAUUGCUCCAGAGCUGGCUUAUUCUACAAUUCCUACCGAAAAAUGCGAUGUGUAUAGUUUUGGAAUCGUUGCAUUAGAGACAAUCAUGGGAAAGCAUCCAGGAGAUUAUGUCUUUCGGGAAUGUUCAUUGUUUACCCAAACUGAGUCGCCGAUGCUGUUGAUGGAUGUGUUGGAUCAACGUCUCUCACCUUCUAGACUUCAGCUUCAAGAGGCACAAGACGUGGUCUCGAUCUCCAAGCUAGCAUUUGCGUGCUUGCAAACCGAUCCGCGGCUUCGACCGACCAUGGCACAAGUCUCGUGUGAGCUUCGCGUUCAAGUACCCCUGGAAAUACCACUCUCUGCAGUCAACUUAGAGCAACUUCGCGAUCUUAGUGUAAGGAAAUUUGGAGCAUUCGCAGUAGAUGGUGAGUUUUGAAUUUACUUUCCACCUGUUAUUUUGUUUGGUUCGAAAUAAUGAUGACCAUUGCCUUUUAAAUAUCUUCUUAGUUCUCAAUCAUCCCAACCAUGUGAUUUAUGAUUUUCACUGCAAAGCCAGCUUCUCCUUGAACGUUACAGAAAAAGUGCAAUGUUUAUUGUUUAGAGUCGUGGCACCAUAAAUAAUAAUGGG